UUAGGGAUGAAUUGGGUCAAUCCUACGGAUGAUAAACACAGAUGGCCACUCUGACAGAAGCAGUGAAAGAGAGUUACUUAAAUUUGAUAUUGAUUCUGCAGGGCUGCAGUAUGUAGAGAUUGAAGCUGAAGUGUUGUUCCCUCCAUGUUGUAACAGUUCAGGAGGUCGCAGACAUAGGUCGGAGUGGGAGGGACAACUCAAAUGGCAAGUGAUGGUUUACUAACGUCAAAUCGUUUGUGUGGUUGAUAUUAGCACUGGUCUGCACUUCCUCCUCGCCUCUUCUGCAGAGAGGCUGUGCGUUGCUCUCGGCUGCCUGUUUGUUUUUCACCAUUCUCCGGAUAGCGGGACCCGACUGCGAUGGUGACAGUUUUCUUACUGAGGUGCGGUGCUUACUUAAACUAUGACGUUAUGCUGAGAAGCCGAACUCCAUCACAUGUUCAUUUCUGAGCCUCUAAGUAACCAAACAGGAUUGUCAUCGUGCCUUCGGUCUGUUUAGUUGUGGAACUUUUCGCUGCAGAAAGACGCAAACUAUGAUGUAUAAGCAACCCAAGCAUGAUAGUGAAGUACUCAAACAGGCUCUUACUGGAGGAUUCCCACUCCAAUUUCAAUGGCUGUCAAAGUACCAGCAAAAGAAAAAUUCCCAGUGUCGCAGAUCCAGAGGGAAAGAAUACGCAAAUGAUACUGAAGCCUCAUUUGCUUCUGCCCAAGAGGAAAAAGCCAGCAAAGUCGGCGGUGAUUCUGAUCUGCUGGCUUUGGAACUUGAUGGUGAAGACAAGAGCACACAAAAAGAUAAGGAUGACGUUUCUGAUUCUAUCCAAGAAAGCCCAGAAAUAACUGAUGACACCAGCUGCAUCAGCAAUGUGAUGGUUACCAGCAAAGGACAUAUCCUCAGUAUACGACAGUUUGGUCUGAGGGACAAUUUAAUCAAAUCUGAGCUACUGAAGCAGGAAGAAAAGUACACAUACAUUCAAGAUUUCAGAAUUUUUGUAGGAACGUACAAUGUGAACGGCAAGCCUCCAAAGCAGGAUCUGAAGCCUUGGCUGAGCUGCGGUGAUGAACCACCUGAUAUCUACUGUGUUGGUUUUCAAGAAAUUGACCUGAGCAAGGAGGCAUUUCUUUUUAAUGAUACUCCAAAGGAAGAGGAAUGGUUCGUGGCUGUGACUGACAGUCUUCAUCCGUCAGCCACAUAUGCAAAGAUCAAGCUCGUGCGCCUGGUUGGAAUGAUGCUCAUAUUAUACGUGAGGAAAGAACAUGCUGCAUUUGUUUCAGAAGUGGAAGUUGAAACAGUGGGAACUGGCAUAAUGGGAAGAAUGGGUAACAAGGGCGGAGUGAGUAUAAGAUUUCAGUUUCAUAACACCUCCUUGUGUAUCGUGAAUUCUCAUCUUGCAGCACACAUUGAAGAAUAUGACAGACGGAACCAGGACUACAAAGAAAUCUGCUCCAGAAUGCGUUUUGUUCAGUCUAACCUGCCAUUAACAUCACGUACAAUCAUGAAGCAUGACAUUAUAAUAUGGCUUGGAGAUUUGAACUACAGGAUACAUCAUCCUGACGUAGAAACAAUUAAAAAGCUAAUUGCAGCAAAGGAUUAUACAAAACUCAUCAAGUAUGACCAGCUGACAAACCUCAUGGAGAACCUGCAGGUAUUCCAAGGAUUCAAAGAGGGAAUAAUCAACUUUCAGCCAACCUACAAAUAUGAUAUUGGCACAGACAACUGGGACACAAGUGAGAAAUGCCGAGUUCCUGCAUGGUGCGAUCGAAUUCUUUGGAAAGGAAGCAACGUCAAGCAGUUGGACUAUCGGAGUCACAUGGCUUUGAGAAUCAGUGACCAUAAACCCGUUAGUGCACUCUUUCAAAUUGGGAUAAAGGUGGUCAAUCAAGACUUGUACAGGAAGACCUAUGAAAAUAUUGUUCGUACUUUAGAUAGAAUGGAGAAUGAUUCCAUUCCUUCAGUGUCACUUUCAAAGACAGAGUUUCAUUAUGAGAAUGUAAAGUUCAUGCAGCUCCAGGUCCAAACGCUUGUCAUUGCCAACACUGGACUUGUGCCCUGUCAGUUUGAGUUCAUCACCAAGUUGAAUGAAUCUUCUUAUUGCAAACCAUGGUUUAGUGCUACACCUAACAAGGGGAUUUUACUCGAAGGGGAGAGAGUGGAAAUUGAGUUGGAAGUUUAUGUGAAUAAAACAACUGCUCUGUCUUUAAAUAUGGGAGAGGGCCGCAUUGAGGAUAUUUUAAUCUUGCAUCUACGGCGAGGGAAAGAUUACUUUCUGGCCAUUUCGGGAAAUUAUCUACCUAGUUGCUUCGGAUCUUCAUUGAAUGCACUUUGUUGCAUGAAGGAACCAAUUCGCGAUGUCUUACCUGAAAGAAUACAAGAACUGGAAAGAAGCGCAAUGGAGAACAAAUAUAUCAACUGCUUUCCAAAUGAAGUGGAACUUGAUAUGCCAAAAGAAAUUUGGAUGAUGGUCGACCACCUGUAUCGCAAUGCAUCACUCCAGGGGGAUUUGUUCCAGCAACCAGGACUGAAGUCAGAAUUUGAGGAGAUAAGAGACUGUUUAGAUACUGGAAUACCAGAGUUUCUCCCUGGCAGUAACCAUUCCAUAUGCGAAGCAUUAUUGCUCUUUCUAGAUGCUCUUCCUGAGCCUGUCAUCACUUACAAUCUAUAUGACAAGUGUUUGGAAAGUUCCAGCAGCCGCACUCAGUCUGAGCAGGUUAUCUCCAUGCUGUCUCAGUGCCAUAGGAAAGUAUUCAAUUAUUUAAUAGCUUUCCUUCGAGAACUUCUGAAGAAUGCAAAUUCCAACAACCUUGAUGUUUCUACACUUGCGAGCAUCUUCGGAUCUCUAUUGCUGAGACCACCUCCCAAUGCAGUAAAUAAGUAUGAGUCAAUUGCUUGUAAGAAGGCAGCACAGCUAUUCAUUGCACACUUUCUUAUACAGAAGGAUGGUUGCUGAAGUAACUUAACCUGACCAACAUAGUUUAUUUUAUAAAGUUCAAUAAAAUUGUACAAUUUGCAGACGAGACUAUUUUUUUAUUAAAUUGAAGACAAAUGUAGAGCAAUGCAAAUAUUUUGAUAUUUGGAAGCAAGAAUUCUGAUGUUUGUACUGUAACUUUCUAUUAGUGUUUGAGCUGGAGAGAUUCUCCCUGCCUCUAUUUUGUCAAAGUUUGAUGAACUUGUGUUAAUAUCUCAUUUUUGUUAUGCAUCAAGUGCAGAGCACUGAUGGUUUUGUAUGUUAAUAGUUAUUUACUGGUUACAAGUGAAAUUCUCACAGAUUACUCCAUGCUCAGUUUAUCUGGGCAAAAUGUUUUACCUAUUUUCCAUUACAGUUAGUGACAAAGCUGCCCUUUAAACUGUAUUUUACACACUAGCCCUGAGUAUGUAGAUCUCUUAUGAUAGAGACAGGUGACCUCCUGCAUCAGAAAUUUUCUAUAAUUCUAUGAAAUGGGAAGACUAUAAAGGACCACUCCUUGAUGGCGAUUUCUGGGUAUCACCCCGUUAGAAAAAGGUGAAAGCAAUGACUGAUUUAAGGUUAUCAAAAUUUUGCUUGCAAUGAAUCUAACCCAAACACUAGAAAGAAUUGGGAGAAAAUGGUAAUCAUGUCAUUACGACUGAAAAGUUACAACUGCAGCUUAAGCUGUGGGAAUGUGGAGAUUGAACUACAGUCAUUUGAAGUUUGCUUAGCCAUUAAAUAUAGCUGCUGUCUUUUGAAGCUGAUACAAUGAUGAGACUAUACCUAGUAAAAUAUUAGAGCUUUUUUUUAUUGCAAUACAAACCAAGAUUGAUUCGUGUACAGAAAUUUUUCUUAAUCAAAGUUUAGGACCAACACAUAAAAAUGCAAUCUCUACAAGAAUUUUGGAUAGAUGAGUGUGAUUACCAGCUCUCAUUUGGAAUUUUUUUUCCCCUUCGGCUAUUUUGAAACAGAUUUGGGAAGCACAUGAAGCAUUUACUUAUCAUAGUUCGGUCUGAUAAUAUAUUUCCCAAGAAAUGUAAAUAUAGGGUUUUUACCAACAUGAGAUUUCAGCAUGAGUUUUUAAAUCAUUGACCUGUAGACCUUUCAUUCUAGAUAAACAAGCAAUGAGUAUCAUUAAAUUAUUUUAAAUGAUUUAACCUGAGCAACAUUGCUGUUUUUGGGUAAAAUAUUUAACCCAGCAUUAAAUCUUAUUGGGAGAAUGUAGUAGGUUUGACUGAGAUUCUUUUCACUUUAGGUAUUUUACUUUGGCAAACAAUUGUAACUGGGAUAAGUUGCAGUGAAUUUUCAGAAUCAGAAUCAGGUUUAACAUCACCGGCAUAUGUCAUAAAAUCUGUUGUUUUGUAGCAGCAGUGCAUUGCAAUACAUAAUAAAAACUAUAAAUUGCAAUAAGUGUAUAUAUAUGAAAAAAUUAAACAGGUAGUGCAAAAAGAGGGGGGAAAGUACUGUGUUCAUGGGUUCGUUGUAAAUUCGGAAAUCUGAUGGUGAGGGGAAGAAAGUGUUCCUGAGAUGCUGUGUGUAUAUUCAAGCUUCUGUAACAUUUUAAUUUUUCCAUUGAAAUCACACUUGGAUCACUUGCAUUUCAAUCUCAGGUCUACCAUAAUGAGGCUUGUACCAUAUUGUAAAUUAUUUCUGGCAUUGCAGUUACACAAAUUGCUUCAGUUCAUUUAAUCCCUGUAAUAGAGACAUGCUUUGUGGUUGUUCUUUUUGUUUUGCAGAUGCAUUCCAUUUGCUUUCCACAAUAUUAAAUAUCUCAAAUUGUUCUAAAGCUUCACUUUAAUGAUUAUCUGGUAAUGAGUGGUCUUUUGUGAUAGAUAAAACUUGGCUGAUUUAUUAUCCCUCUAAACACCAUUUUCCCGCCUUCUUCCCGUAACCUUUGACAUCCUUACUAAUAAGGAGCCUAUCAACCUCUGCUUUAAAUAUACCCAAUGACUAGGCCUCUGCAGUUGUUUGUGGUAAUGAAUCCCACAGGUUGACCACCCUCUGGCUAAAGAAAUACCUCCUUACCUCUGUUCUAAACAGAUGUCCUUCUAUUCUGAGGCUGUGCCCUCUGAUCAUAGAUGCCCCCACUGUAAGAAACAUCCUCUGCAUGUCCAAUCUAUCUCGACCUUUCAAUAUUCAAUAGGUUUCAAUGAGAUCCUCCCUCAUUCUUCUGAACUCCAGCAGGUUCAAGUUUAUAGUCAUUCAACUGUACAUGUGCAUACCGCCAAUCGAGGCCACAUUCCUUCAGACCAAGGUGCACAACACAGAAUUCACACAUGUAACAUGUAAAGUAAUAUUAUCACACAUAAAUUAAAAAAUAAGGUGCUUAUAUGAUAUAAGUGCAAAAGUAAACAGUAUAAUGCUACUGGUGCUUCAUACAUGAUGAGACCUGGGUGGUGGCAAAGCCAUCAGAUGCUCCUCAUUUGUUAACCCUUUCAUUCUCAUGAAACGCCUCUGGGCCUUUUCCAAUGUCAGCACAUCCUUUCUUAGAUAAGGGGCUCAGGACUGCUCGCAGUACCCCAAGUGCAGUCUGACCAAAGCCUUAUAAAGCCUCAGCAAUACAUGUUGCUUUUAUAUUCUAGUUCUCUCAAAAUGAAUGCUAACUUUGCAUUUGCCUUCCUUAUCACUGAUUUGACCUGCAAGUUAAAUGUGUAAGGAAUCCCAAGUCCCUUUGCAAGUCUGAUUCCUGAAUUUGCUCCCCAUUUAGAAAAUAGUCUUUGCCUCUAUUCCUUCUACCAAAGUGCAUGAGCAUAUACUGCAAUGCUCUGUACUCCAUUUGCCACAUCUUUUCCCAUUCUCCUAAUAUGUCUAAGUCACCCUGUAAUGUCCCUGCUUCCGCAACUUUACCUUCCCCUCCACAUAUCUCUGUAUCUGCAAACGUGGCCGUAAUUCCGUCAUCCAGUAACAUGGAAAAAGUGAUCUCAACACUGACCCCUGUGGAACAUCACUAGGCACUGGCGCCCAACCAGAAAAGGCCCCAUUUAUUCCCACUCUUUGUUUCCUGCUAGUCAGCCAAUCUUCUAUCCAUGAUUGUAUAUUUCUUGUAAUACCAUGAGCAGCCUCACGUGCAGCACCUUGUCGAAGGCCUUCUGAAAAUCCACGUAAGCGAGAUCCCCUGACUUUGUCUAUUCAGCCAGUUAUUUCCUCAAAGAAUUCCAACAGAUUAGUCAGGCACGAUUGCUGCUUAGUCAGGCAUGUUGACUUUGGCCCAUUUUGUCAUGCGCCUCCAAGUACUCCAAAACUUCAUCCUUAAUAAAUGGACUCCCAACAUCUUCCCAACCACUGAGGGCAGGUGACUGGUCUAAAAUUUCCUGACUUUUGCCUCCCUCUCUUCUUAAAAAAAACAGAGAGACACUUGCAGUUUUUCAGUCCUACAGAAACAUUCCAGAAUUUAGUGAUUCCUGAAAGAUCACUGUGAAUGCCUCCACAAUCUCUUCAACUACCUCUUUCAGAACCCUGAGGUGCUGCCCAUCUGAUCCAGGUGACUUGUAUACCUUCACACUUUUCAGCUUCCCAAGCAUCCUCUCCUACACCCACUUUUGCCCCCGUCACUCCCGAAUUCCUGAAAUACUGUUGGUGUCUUCCACAGUGAUGACUGAUGCAAAAUACCCGUUGAGUGUGUCUGCAAUUUCUUUAUUCCUUAUUGCUACCUUUCCAGUAUCAUUUUCUAGCUGUCCAGUCUCUCCCUCCCCUUUCUCUCCCCCCCUUCCCCUUCUCCCUUCCCCCUCUCCCUCCUCCCCACUCCCCCCUCCAUCCUCCCCACUCCCCUCUCUCCUUCUCUUCCCCUCCCCACCUCUCUCCCUCCCCCUCCCCUCUCCCCCUCCCCCUCUCCUCUCCCCCUCCUCUCUCCUCUACCUGUCCUCUCCCUCUUCUCUCUCUGCCCCUCUCUCCAUCUCUCCCACCCUCCUCUCUGUCCACCCCUUCCUCUCUGUCCACACCCCCCUCCCUUUCCACGCACCCCUUUCCACACCCCUUCUCCCUUUCCACACCCCCCUCCUCCCUUUCCACUCCCCCCCUCCUCCCUUUCCACUCCUGCUCCUCUCUUUCUACCCCUGCUCCUCUCUUAACCCCCCCCCCCCAUGUCUUCGCAGAAAUAAUUGGACGGAGUUAAUAGAGAAGGUGGAGGUGGUCAGCUGCUGCGUUGAAGAGGCAGGUUUUAAUAAAGUACAAAGAAAACAAAGUUAAGGAGGUCAGGGAUGUAAGGAUUGUAUAUCAAAGCAGAUGGGUGAACAAAGAUGUGCCAAACUGCCUUUUGUGUUGGCAGUAAUCCUGGAUGCAAUCUUAAUCCCAGUAUUUGGAAACAUUUACACCUUAACUUUGAACUAUAAUGUCUAAACCUAUCAUAUCAAAGCAACUGCUGUUAUAGCAGAGGUGAAAAGAAUACAGGUCCCCCCCCCACCCAGUUUACAAAUGCCCGAUUUACAUACAGUCAACAUAUGAAUCAGCGUUUGCAACUGGCAGCAUGGCUUUGCCAGUUGUGUAGGGAUGCAAGCUGCUCUUGAUCCUAGCCGAAAUUUUGCCACAUCAACCCAAGAAGCAUGUAUUCCAGUGAAUAUGCUGGUGUCCAUUUUGUGAACUGUAUCUAGAGGCAUAAUAUUUAUAUGCCAGCAGAAAUGCCCUUUAUCAAUGGCAUUUAAAACCUUUAGUAAAAUCCUUUUUUAAAAAAAAGGAAUUACUAUUAGUCCCAGAAAGGACUGGGCUAAAUUUAUCAAUGUCAGCUUCAUUAUUAAAAAUGACUUCUCCAGACCAUGGGGUAAGGCCUCUCCUCCCCGUAUGAACUUGGUUCAUGGCUGCACUUCCAAGUCGCAAAUGGGUUACCAACAGUUCUCAGGAGUGGAACCUUGCCUCAGCCUGGGGAGUAUCUGUAUACAGCUUCACUAUUGAGUGGAUGUCCUCCAAUACCUGAAAUGUAAAUCUGGGACAAGAUGUAAUGGAGUAUGGUGCCCUGUGACAUCCCGGAGUAUUCAAAAGAGCAACUAUGAUACUGAUAAAAUUCAUAAACGUGAAAUCUGCAGAUUCGGGUCCCUGGCAUUUAAUGUUUGUACUUUUCAACCACAAAGAAACUGCUCAGCCGGUGGCAUCAACGUGAAGGUGAUGAACAGCAGAAUUGUGAUUCUUCGUGAGAAUGCAUCAGAAAUUGUGUGUAGUGGGACGCACCUUCAAUUCUGUCAAUUUCCGCUCUCAUUGGUGUUGCAGUGGGGAUUUGCUUUUGUGAAUUAAUUAUGAAAUGAACACACAAAAUCAAACGAGAGCAUACAAUACAGCAUAAAUUAGUGGGAAUCUAGAAAACUGGGAGGCUUUAAAAAACAACAGAAGAGAAAUGAAAAAGCAAUAAGCAGAGAAAAGGUAUAUAUAAAACCUGCCUUUUAAUGCAACAUAUGGUCACUUGUACCAUACUUUUUUUUCAUACAGCAUACUUUUUCAAUGUCCAAUUAUUUCUGGGAAGACUUUGAUAAAAUGUCCCAAAUAUGUUAUUCUACUUAAGACAUUAUAUAAGCUGUUGUUUAAUUCAUGUUUAACAAAUAUUAUUGUAUAGUUAAUCCUUAGCUUUACAACUAAUAUAUAAUUCCAUUAUUUUAUAAUGGUUUUAACUGAGAAUAGUAGUGGCCUGCAUGUGUUUCUUCACUGGGGAGAUAUUGGAACAGAGGGACAAACAUUUGGCUUCAGAGAUCCUGCGAGCAGAGGGGUGGAAAGAAUUCGGCAAGGAGUUCAAGACCUUUAGACUCAUUGCACCCAAAAUUGUGGCUGCUAUUGGUUUAGCAGUUAAAAUAUGGGACACUCAAGCAGCCAGAAUCGAAAGGGCACAGAUACUUGAGGGGGAAGAUUAGUGCGAUUUGAAAGCAAGCGUAGGAAUUUUGAAAUUGGAGUACUUUCCACUCAAUGUAACAUAACCUGCCCAAGUUAAUAAUGCAAUAUUUCAUUGUCAAAGUUGUAACUAAUAUCCUAGAUAAAUCAGAAAAACAAUGUGUAUAUAGUGGCUUCAUAUUAGCUCGAGGCAGCAAUGGUAUAUUACUGUAUAAAAUCUGGCAGGAUGAUCAGCUCGUACAGCAUAAAGAAAACUUCUGAAAGGUACAUAAAGUGAGAUAAAACAGGGGAAUAAUGAAAACAAAAGUCAUAUUGGAAAUAACAUUCACAUUACACAGCCGGCUGUGUCUCCAUGCCCCAUCAAUGUAACGUGCAAAUUGAUUCACAUAGCUCUUGACAUGAUUGAUCCACUGUUGGAGCAGAUGAGGUAUGUUAGUUUGUACCACAGUUAAGUUUCAAGCUGUCUGAGAGCAGACCAGCCUCCAGCUUUGUCAAUCAAGGACAUAGUAUUUUUUUAAAAGCGGCCCAUCCAUUCUAAUUAAACCUGCAGUGUGGAGAUGCUGAUUCAGGAUCUAUUGAAUAUUCCAACAUUGCUUUAUAGGAUUUCCAGUGGUGACACAGUGUCAGUGUCAUGAGUUCUCAUGGCUGAAUGGUGUAGCUCAGUAUUUCAUCUUCAAAGCCAUGAGCAAAACCCACAAAAUGCUGGAGGAACUCAGCAGGUCAAGCAGCACCUAGAGAAGGAAUUGAAGAGUUGCCCAGGAAAUAAAGGGUUCCCCUCCCUGGCCUUAUGACCUGCCCAUCACCUCCCUCUGGUUCCCUGCCACCUUCCCUUUAUUCCAUGAUCUACUGUCCUCUCCUAUCAGAUUCUUCCUUCAGCCCUUUGCGCCUUCUACCUAUCAUCUCCUAGCUUGUCACAUCAUUCCCUUUCACCCCUCCCACAAAUUUACCUUCCCCCUCUCACCUAUUACCUGCCACUUGUGUUUCUUCCCCUCCCCUACCUUUUCUAUUUUGGCUUCUGCUGAUGAAGAGUCUCUGUCUGAAAUAUCAACUAUUCAUUUCCCUCCAUAGAUGCUUCCUGCUAUGUUGCAUUCCUCCAGCAUUUUGCACGCAUUGUUCAAAGUUUCCGGCAUCUUUGUCUCCGUUGUGGCAGUGUAACCUCUGCUUUGUGUGGCAGAAAUCAUAUCAUCCACUUUUCAAGUUUCUGGGAGAGAAGAUGUUGAUUAAAACAUGCCACUAAAGGCUGAACAGGAAUUAUCUUCUUGAAAGGAGCUUCAACAAAAUUGCAGAGGAACUGUUGUUAUUUAUAGGGGUCUUUAUUUAGCCACUGCUGAAAAUUCUGCUGGUUCAUAGCAAAUGGGCUAUUACACAACAUUUUUAUCAAGUCAGCUGAUAGCUCUGAAUUGAAUUAUUUCUUACAUCCUUUGCAUACAUGAGGAGUAAAAAUGUUUACGUUACGUCUCCGUCUAAAUGUGCAAUGAGCCUUGAGACUGGGAUUCUGUUCUGUAAUGAUGGAGGAUCAACCAAGGGUGUUCAUUGAUGUGAUUGAAUUGAAAACUAUUUGUACAUUGGUGGAUGUCUUUGUCACUGUUCAUAUUAUCUUGCUUGUCAG